AUGCUACGAUUGGAAUCUUACAAUGUUAUAUCAAAAGAAGAGGGGCAAUUAUCUAGUACGAUGAUUGAUGUUACUUACUCAAAUCAAUCCACAGUAUCCAAGGUGCAAGAAUCUGCUAGGUUGGCCUUGCGUAAUACCCAGAACAUUACAAUUGAACCGGACAGGUUCAAACAGAUGUUGGCGGACACCAUGAAUGAAAUAGCCACGGAAGCAUCAAAUAAUCUUACUAGUAAGAAAUUUACUACUAAAGAAGUUAACUUCACGACAUUUCAAAGACUGUACACCCUGGCGCAGUACACCCCUGAUCUUUCCAUCAGUGAUUGCAACACCUGUCUUCGAGAUUCUAUCUCAAGUUUACCUUCAGUCCAGUACACCAUGAUACUUUUAAGGUGGAUGUUGAAUAUGGAAAGCAAGCCUCUACAACAGAGCUAA